UUACGUCACUUCCCCCUGUGAUGGACGUCGGCACGUGUUGAGCAAGCGACUGUUUACAGUACUUGUUAAUUCUAUACUUUAGGUGGCACAUGCCAACAGAAAACACCAAGAUUGUAGCUACAUCUUCUGUCAAACUGCAGUGAUGCCGAAAGUGAAAAAAUCCAAAGGUGGAGGAGGAGAGAAGAGCGGAGGAGCGGUGGCGCUGGCUGACCAGAUCCUGCAGGCGGACACGGUCCGAGCCCGAGGCCGGGUGAAGAUCAGAGACAGCCGGACAGAAAACGAAGACAAGUACGUAGACGAGCGUCUGUCGCGGAAGAUCUUACAGCAAGCCCGAAUUCAGCAAGAGGAGCUUCAGACCGAAUAUGGACUGCCACCAGAGAAGAAGAAAACACCAGUCACUGUUCUCGGCAGUGUUGGAGGGUCUGACGCUCAGGAUGCAGACUCGGAUGAGGAGUGGCCAGCGCUGGGAGCAGCAGGGGCUGGUGACGGCGAUGUCGAGUGUGACACUGAAGUCGUCGUCGACCCUGACGACGAGAAGGCCAUUGAGAUGUUCAUGAAUAAAAACCCUCCAAUGAGACGGACCUUAGCUGAUAUUAUAAUGGAGAAGAUUACAGAGAAGCAGACUGAGGUAGGCACAGUCAUGUCAGAGGUGUCAGGGUGUCCAAUGCCCCAGCUGGACCCGAGGAUAAUAGAAGUGUACAGAGGUGUCAAUAAGGUUCUGUCAAAAUAUCGCAGCGGUAAAUUGCCAAAGGCUUUUAAAAUAAUCCCAGCACUUUCCAACUGGGAGCAGGUUCUGUAUUUGACUGAGCCUGAGACCUGGACUGCAGCUGCCAUGUACCAAGCAACAAGAAUUUUUUCAUCCAAUCUGAAAGAGCGAAUGGCCCAGAGGUUUUACAACUUGGUGCUGCUGCCCCGAGUACGGGAUGAUAUCGCAGAGUACAAGCGACUCAACUUUCACCUCUACAGUGCUCUGAAGAAGGCCUUGUUCAAACCAGGAGCAUGGUUUAAAGGUAUACUGAUUCCACUGUGUGAAUCUGGGACGUGUACUCUCAGGGAAGCCAUCAUCAUCGGAAGCAUACUCACUAAGUGCUCAAUCCCCGUGCUCCAUUCCAGCGCUGCAAUGCUUAAGUUGGCAGAGAUGGAGUACAACGGCGCCAACAGCAUUUUCCUGCGUCUCUUGCUUGACAAGAAAUACGCCCUGCCUUUCCGUGUCCUAGAUGCCUUGGUGGCUCACUUCCUGUCCUUCCGCAGUGAAAAACGCGUGCUUCCUGUUCUGUGGCAUCAGAGUUUACUCACUCUGGCUCAGCGCUACAAGGCUGACCUGGCCUCCGAACAGAAGACGUCACUGCUGGAGCUGCUCAAGACACAAACGCACCCUCAGAUCUCUGCAGAGAUUCGCAGAGAACUGCAGAACUCAGAGUCGAGGGAUGUUGAAAUAGGACUCCCUGUUACAGUUGAAAUGGACUGAGGAUUCAGUCUGGUCUGAUGCGUACUCCUUCUCCUCUGAUACAAAUGAUUCAUGGUUUGUUCAACAUGAAAAAAGUUUUGUUAAAUCUAACUUCAUUAUUCUUCCUGCCCUAUGAAAGGACAGUUUCAAAGAUCGCAGUGUCUCAGGAGCCAUCAUUCUGUUCCCUGCUUGUAUGAAUUUGCACAUUUAAAAAUGCACAUCAGUAGUGAUGUAGAUGUUGUAAUUUCAUAUCAUGAAUCUCUGAGCUGUUUUCCUGCAGUUGCAGUGCAGUGAUUGCUCAGGAACACAAAGACUGGUGUUUGUGUACAUUUGACUAAGAGCAACUUUGUUUUGAAGCAACAAUUUGGAUUAAAAAUAAACUGAAUCCUUAAAAGUUG